GCAGCGGCCGCCGGGGGCGCCCCACAGCCCGGCCCGGCCUGGGUGACAAGGGAAGGCUGGAAGGUGCUGCUGGGUCUGGGGUCGGGCCCCUGGAACGAGGGCUUGAUGUCAAAAGCUGUGGCCGAGGGCCGGGGAGACAUGAAGCCAGAGGAGGGCGGCAGCGAGCCGGGAACGAGCCAGGAGCUGCUGCAGAGACUGCGGGAGCUGGAGGCGGAAAACUCGGCCCUGGCUCAGGCCAACGAAAACCAGAGGGAGUCCUAUGAGCGCUGCCUGGACGAGGUUGCCAACCACGUGGUGCAGGCUCUGCUCAACCAGAAGGACCUGCGCCAGGAGUGCCUCAAGCUGCAGAAAAGGGUCUUCGACCUGGAGCGCCAGAACCAGACCCUGAGCGACCUCUUCCAGCAGAAGGUGCAGCUGACAACCGGCUCUCUGCCCCAGCUGGCCCUGCACCCGGUGUCCGUUGUGUGCAGCCCCCCGGCCAGUCUCCAGUUGGGCUCAGCGGAGAAGCUGGCCCCCUCGCUGCCCCUGGGACGCUGCGCCCUGCCGAGGGAGUUGGGGUACAGCUCUCAGUCCAUGGAGGCGUUGUCUCCGUUCUUCAAGAAGAAAGCACAGAUCCUGGAGGUGCUGCGGAAAUUGGAGGAGACGGACCCCCUGCUGGGCCCCUCACCCUGCCCGCUGUCUCCCUGGAGGGACCCCCACCAGUCCCCCGCUGAGCCCGGCUCCCACAAAUUUCAGCCGGUUCUAGCAGACAGCCGGAGCCAGCCGGAGUCACCGGUGAAUGGGGAGGGACCCCCGGCCGAGCCCCUGACCACCCCCCAUGAGUUGUGGCCGUCCUGCCUGCUGCGAGCACAGAAUGGCCUGGAGGAGGUGCUGAAGUGGAAGGGCGAGGAGGGGGGGGCCCUGGAGGCUGAGGGGGGGCUCCCCCAGCUGCUCCCCCCACUGUGCUCCCAGCAGAAGAGUGAGGGCAGCUCCUCCUCCUCCUCCGACGAGACGGGGGAGCUGGGCCCCCCGGGUGAGGCCCUGCUGAGCGCUUUGCCUGAGAAGAAGCUGGACUUGGGCCUGCUGUUGGAGGAGACGGAGUGCUACCUGCAGCACUUCCUGAAGCAGGGCUGCCCGCUCAACGGGGAGCCAGCCGCUGCCCAGCGGCCGGAGGGGCCCCCAGGAGCGCUGGACCCCAAGCCAGGGGUGCUGGCCAAGGCCCUGAGCCAGGACAUGCUCACCGGCCUCUCGGUCAUGGGCAAGUGCCAGCCCACGAAGCCAGCAUCAGACCCGGCCCAGGGCAGCGCAGACAAGCCAGCUUUCGGCACAGCCGUCGGCAGCCAGGACCUGGGGCCCUUCCUGGAGCCGGCCUUGGAGCGCCAGGCCUACAUCAGCCUCUGCCUCUCCGGAGCCGAGCCCCCCGAGAAGAGUGCCAAGGGCUCCGGCCAGACCUCGGCUCAGGGCAAGCCCAAGCUGCAGCCGGGCUCCGCGUCCCCAGGCACUGGGGCACUUCCCCUGCCCUCCCCCUCCAAGAUGGUAAAGUUCCUGAAGAUGCCCACGCCCGGGGAGAAGCCCCAUGGCCCCAACCCUCUGCGCCUGAGCCCCCAGCUCACCCGGAGCUCCAGGAUCCCCUGCCGCAGCAACAACUACGAGCCGUGCCCCUCGCCCGUGCUCAGCCGCAGGGCCUCCCCCGAGGGGCCCGCGGUGCCCGCCUUCCCCCUGCCCCCUGGGGCUGGCGGCCAGGGCUCCCCCAAGGCUGGCAGACACCUGGCCCCCGGGACGGCCGAGGCCGCCGUGCACUUCCCGGAGCCCCAUGACUACGAGAAUGUCUCGGAGCUGUCGGUGGGCGGCCUGGCCUCCCCACUGGAGCGGCCCAAGGGCUCCCACUCCACCCCGUCACGAGGCGUCAGGCCAGACGCCCCGCACUGCCCGCCGGAGUUGUGCCCCUACGCCCCUGCCAAGGAGGGCCGGGAGCGCGGCGCUGAGUCCCCGCCGGCCGCCCACAGAAAUGCCGGGGGCUCCGCCGGGCCCAGGCGGCCUAGGAAUAGUGCUGGGAAGAAGCAGCUGGAGCCGGGACACCCGCCGUUUAAGGAGCGUCUGUCAGCGCUGGGGAAGCUGAAGAGUGCUGAGGCCAGGGAGCGGAAGGAGGCGCUGGGCCUGGAGAGAAACAGCUGCCCUGGGAUGGCCAGGGCACCAGGCCAGCUCUGCGAGGAGGCGCUGGAGGCCAGGGCACAGCUGCGGCCAGGCGCAGGCGGGAGCCUCAAACACCAGGAGCAGUGCCACAGCGGGGAGCCCGCCGGGCGGUGCUACUCCUCUGGCUCGGUGGGCUCCCGGCUGGAGGCUGAGACCUGCUCCUCAAAGCACUACGCCGCUAAAGCUCGCCAGCCGGGGUCGCUGUGCCCAGCAGGGACCCCCAUGGGCCCCAGGAACCCCCCUAAAGCCCCUCCGGUGCCCCCGGCCAAGGGCGCCAAGAGCCCCCAUGGGAGCCCCACCAAGCUGCCCUCCAAAUCUCCCAUCAAGGUGCCGGCCAAGGCUGGGGCUCCCCGCCCGCCUGCAGAGGAGCCAAGGCCCGGUGGCCCCAAGCUGCCCCUCACGCCGCCGCCCAGCGCGGGCCGCAAGCCCCCAGACUGUGCCAGGGCCCUGCCCCUGCCUGGCCGAGCGCUGCCCGCGGUCGGCCCCGUGCUGCACUCGGCCAUCGAGGAGAAGGUGAUGAAGGGCAUUGAGGAGAAUGUGCUGCGCCGGCAGGGCCAGGACAAGGGGCUGGCGGGCGAGGGGAAGCCAAAGAACUCCAGUGGCAUCGCCAGCUGGUUCGGGCUGCGCCGGAGCAAGCUGCCUGCCCUGAGCCGGCGGCCCGAGGGGCUCCAGUGGGGCGGGGGCGCCUCACCGCUGCGCCGGGAGGGGAAGGUGGCGGCCUGCAAGCUGGAGGCAGAGAGCCUCAACAUCUCCAAGCUGAUGGAGAAGGCGGAGGACCUGCGCAAGGCGCUGGAGGCGGAAAAGGCCUUCAUCAGCGGGCUGGCGCUGGAGAAGGGCCGGCCCCACACCUGUGGCAUCCUCAUGGAGCAGACGCAGAACCAGCUCCAGGUCAUGUACCAGGAGGUGACGGCUGAAGACUUCAUGCAGCAGCUGCUGAACAGGGUGGAUGGGAAGGAAUCUUACGAGAGCCGGCUGGAGCAGAAGAGGGAGCUCCGGGAUUUCCAGAGGGUCUCGCAUGACGCCAAAGACCCCAGGCUCUUCCGGCCCCCACGGAAUGGCAUCGUUGGCCACCUGCGGAGCUGUGAGGAGACCCCCGAGAAGGACCCAGACUCAAAGCUCCGGGAGGAAAUCCGGUCGGACGACAGCCUGGCCGAGUCAGUGAACUCCCAGCACUUCACAGCGUGUGGCUCCCUGACACGGACCCUGGACAGCGGCAUUGGCACCUUCCCUCCCCCCGACUACUGCAGUGGUGCUCCCAGUAAAAACCUCCCCAAGCUGAAACCCAGCCUGGACCUGCUGCCCAGCCUUGCCCCGGGGCGGCCCCCCGGCGACACCAGAGUCCCCCGGAAGGCCCGCACGCUGGAGAGGGAAGUGCCCAGCACGGAGGAUGUUCUGGCACCCGGCAAGCACCAGAGCAUGCCUGCGUUCCAUGGAGUACUGGCCAGCGCGGAGCCGCCCCCGAGCCUGCGCGGCCACAGAGUCUGCCCUGAAGACCCCCGCCUGGAACCCGGCCGAGCGCGGCGAGUGCAGCAGAGCAAGAACUGGACCUUCCCCAACUCCAAGGCUUGCGGCGGCUCCAUGGACCCCUUCCUGUGCACGGCCCGGGACCUGGGGAGCUCCGCCUACAGCACCACCGAGAGGAAACGAGCCUCCUCGGACGGGCCCCGCCUGCCGCCCCCCUCCCCACAGGCGUUCAGCACCAGCCGGACGCCCAGUGCCUCUGACGUGGGCGAGGAAGGCAGCAUGGAGCUGAAGUCCAGGGACACGGGGCAGAGCCAGCCGGGCCUGGAGAACUCGGAAUCGCUCAGUGACUCGCUGUACGACAGCCUCUCCUCCUGCGGGAGCCAGGGGGGCUGGGCCCUUCCUCCUCAGAGCUGUGGGCGGGUACCAUGGACGCUGACUGGCCACCAGGGCUGCCCCCCACGCGCAGGGCAGGCGAAGAAGGGGGUGUUGGGCCCACCUCGUGGGAAGCCCAGUGCCACCAUGCAGGCGUCGAAGGGCUGCUGUGCCGUCAGCGAUUCCAGCCAUGGGUUCCCUCCCAGUGGUGAUGCUACCAGCAUGAAGCGGACGAAGGGUCCCAGCCCGGCCAGCUUCCAACAAGCCUGCACGACGCGUGAUGAGGUGCAGGUACAGGUGGGGACCCAGCUGGCUGGUGACUGUAGGGGCAUCCCUGCUCCUGCCCAGCCCGUGGGGCACAGCAUGGGGGCCUGGUGCCCAAUGCAGAGCCCUGCCAUGGUGGAGGAGAAGGGAAUCCUGGAGCUCUGGGCUUGA